AUGGAGCAAGGCACACAAAGGGAUGCACAAUUGUUGGAAUUCAUACCCGACGAAAUUAUGUUUGAAAUACUCACAAGAUUACCAGUGAGAUCUUUACUGAGAUUCAAAUGUGUGUGCAAGUCUUGGAACUCAUUGAUCAGCAGUCCAAAUUUCAACACCCAUCUUGAUGCUUCUUCUGACUAUAUACUUGUCACGACUGGGCUGACUUGCAGUACAAAGUCACUGUUUUCACUGUACUGUGCAAAAACAUUUACGAAGCAUAUGGACCUAGAUCUUGGAAGUUGCGAGAUGAAUUUCGUUUCCAAUGGUUUCUUUGUCUCGAUCUGUUCUACGUGCAAUGGGUUACUGCUCAUCUGUGCUACUUAUUCUGGGCUGUAUAUAUGGAAUCCAUCAAUCAGAAAAAUCAAGAGACUUCCACAAGGUCGUUACAAACAAGGUCUUUAUGUCUGUGUCGGGUUUGGAUUUCACCAUCAGAAAAACGACUAUAAAGUUGUAAGAAUUAUUCGACUCCAGAAAGAUAUGUACACAACUGAGGUCUACUCCCUUAAGUUGAAUUCAUGGAGAGACGUUGCUGCAGUUCUCCCCAUUUCUAUCGACUCUAGAUACCUAAUAACCACAUGUGCUUUACAUGUGAAUGGAGUUGUGUACUGGAAGGUAAGGGUGAAGGACUCUGCAAGAUAUUGCAUACUCUCUUUUGAUAUGGACAAUGAGGUUUUUAGCAGCAGAGAACUUCCUGAAAAGGUAGUCGGAGUGGAUCGAGAUUCUGCAAUCCGUGUGUUUGAGAAUUCCCUUUCUGUGAUACAAAUGAGACAAGAUGGGAAUCAUCAUCAUGUUAGUUGCUGUGAUAUCUGGGUUAUGGGACUGGAUACCUGGAAUAUGAUGCCCACGAUUUUUCUACCGCUCAAUGCAUGGCCAUCGAGCUUUACAAAAGAUGGAGCUUGUAUUGCAAGGCUGGAUGAAAAUAGAACUUUGGUCCUAUAUGAUCCUAUAUCGCAAGAGGCUAAGGAAAUUACCAGAGUUGAAGGGCGUGAAUAUUGCAAUGUGGUCGGUACUUAUAAAGAGAGUCUAGUUUUACUUGAUUGA